UGACAAUUCUUCACUUUUACCAGACGCUCUUGUUGCUGCCUUCUUCCUCAUGCUUGACGAGCGAGGCUGUCGAUUUUUCUUAAUUGUUGAGUAUAUCGACCUCGUCUCUAUCGUCCCAUGAUCCACAGAGCCUUCUUACGACUCCGGCCAUGUUAGCCCCGCCAUCUCGUCGGCCUGCUCUGCCGACUAGUAUUUCAACUCCUAGCCUCCCAUCGAACAAACCCCUCAGAUCACAGCCUCAGACCAUUCAGCGAAGACCGACCUUGAAGCGCUCUAUCGAUGAGACAAGCUUAAUGGACCGCCCCUCCAGCCCAUCAAAACGCUCAAAGGUCAUUUUUGAUUCUGACGUUGAGAUUGUCUCCGCCGAUGACGACGAAGACCUUGAUCCUUCCUUGGUGAAAGAAACAGUGCGAGCUGCCAUCGAGAGACAUCGUCUGGGUCACAAUGAAGAAUAUGAUCGUCUGCAGACGAUCUUUGGCACAAGUCCUGGGAAGCCAAACGCACCUUCCACAAAAGUCCUCAAGAUUCACCUCCAAGCGACACUUGCCAACGUGACAGGACUCACAAAAGACUGUAAUCAGUUGGUUAACGCCAUCCUUUACAGCGAGUGGAUCGGCAGAGAAGAUUCAUACUAUGCACUCUUUGUCAGAUUUUUGAAUAAUCUGGCUGCCGCGCAGCGAGGAUACCAGCACAAAAUCAUGUCUGUUCUGGUAGAUUUGCUGGGGCCACAAAAGACAAGAAGAAUAGGGUCAGCAAAGCCAGUGAGACAACCCACAAUUCAUCGAAGAGUGCUGCAAGCCCUCCAACAUAUCACACGCAAUGUGCCCACCGCGCCUGCAGCGUUGGCCGAUCGAGUCUCGUCCAGGCUGGAAUUUGAUUUUCAGAAGGCAGAAGACCGAAUGACGUACAUCAGAAACUUCAUGGCAAUGAUCCAAUUUGUGCCAGAGUUGACCUCCGACAUUCUGACCUGCGUCAUGAGAGAGCUCAUCAAACUUGAUGUUGCCGUUCAAGUUGACCUUGAUGAAGAGGAUGACGAUGAUGCCGAAGACGAGCUCCUGAGCCACAUGUCAUCAUCACAGACACUUGUCCCUGGUGCGAAUCAAGACAUGCUUAAGAGCAGUCUUGAUGAGGACAAUGACGAUGUCAGCACCACCGAUGACGAGUCCGAUAUGGAAGAAGAUGAAGACGUGGACUCUGCUACCGCUCGCAGGCAAAAACUGAAGGAGGACAUCAAACAGAUCGAUCUGAUCAUGGACAUUUUGUUUCAGUAUUACGCGAAACUGACGACCUCAACUACUCUUCAGACUCGCGACACAGCCUUGGAGCAGCUCAUCUCGCAAUUCCACACCCACAUCCUACCAACAUACCGUGCUCGUCAUCCCCAAUUUCUCAUUUUCCACUUUGCUCAAUCUGAUCCUAUCGUGGUGGACCGUUUCGUCACUUCAUGUGUUGCUAUCCUUGUCGACAAGAAACAACCUCAUCUCCUCCGACAUAGCGCGGCAGCGUACUUCUCAGGCUUCGUUGGCCGUGGCAGACAUGUAUCCCCUCAAGUUGUCCAGGAUUGCCUGGAACUACUCUGUGAUCACUUGACUGUCCUACGCAGAUCUUACGAACCUACCUGCCGGGGACCCGAUAUCAAGCGAUUCGGCGACUUCUACGCUGCAUUUCAGGCGAUUCUGUACAUCUUUUGCUUCAGAUGGCGCGACAUUGCUUCGGCCAGCUCCGAUUACGACUCGGACUAUGACGUCGACGAGGAUGAAGUCGAGACCUAUCAUUUCCCUGAGUCUCUGCGAGAAGCCCUCCGCGGAGCCAUGGACUCGCCUCUGAACCCUCUGAGGGUGUGCACACCGGUCAUCGUCGAGCAAUUUGCGAAGCUCACCAACGCCCUCCGACUCUUCUACGUCUACCCCAAGCUUGAAGAGAACAAACAUGUUCGUGUGACUGGUUAUUGGCGCGGUAUCUCGGAUUUGAGUAUCAGUAACCCAGAUCGUGAUACAAGUUGGGUUGGAGACAAUGGCAUGCUUGAAGGGUACUUCCCCUACGACCCAUACCACCUGCCCAUCAGCAAACAUUGGAUCGAGGGUGAUUACGUUGAAUGGGAGGGUAUUCCAGGUGAAGAGGCGGAAGACACGGAUUCAGAGUCUGAUGCGGGAAUGGAUGUGGAAGCUACAGAUGAGGAUGAUGACGAGGACGACGAAGAUAUGGAGUCUGACGAAGAAUGAGUGUAUGUUUUAAUAUCGACUCACCUUCAAUGUCUGCUGGAGAGAAGAAGUUUACGACUAUGAUGAGAUCAUACUACACGGCCAUUUCUGUUGCGUUCAAGCGAAAAAUGUUUUCCAAAAGUAGCGAACAUGACGGCGAAGGAUAUCUAGAACAGAGAAGAUGGAUCUGCAGACGACUGCAAAGAUACCUAAGUUUCUAGCAUGGACGCUUUCAUAGCAAAAAAGACUAUUCCG